AAGUUUGGAGCAGCAAGAGCAGUAAUAAGAUGAUAACCACCAAACAGUGAAGGCAGACAACAGAGACAGACCAGAUGCAGAUGACAGGCAGUGAUUGAUAUACCAGGAAAAUGAAUUCCAAAGUCAAGAAAUCGGUGGAAAUAGCUAAUGGGGGAGAGGAAGAAAGUUCGAAAAUGCAAGUGAAACGUAAAUCAAAAUCAUUGUAUAAAUAUAAAACACUAUCAAACACAGAGACUGCCACAGAAAAUUCAAGUUAUCUACGAAAUAAUUACUGUUCAAAGUUUACAGUCUUUCCUACAGCGGAUAAUUAUGACCUACCACUUGAAGGGAAAUUAACAGUUUCCUCAGGGACUUUCAAAAAGAAGGAGAACAUCCGUUGUGAAGUUACAUCUCCCAACAACAGAUGGUGCACAAUUCCACCACUGAGCUAUGAUGAAAUCUUAUUAAGUGAGAUUUACAUGCUAACUUCCUCAUGCACCUACAACCUAAGGAGAAUGGCUAAGAUUCUAGUCCCUUUCAGCGUUGUUGACGAUCGUUAUUUUGUUGUAAAAGCCAAUGUUCGUUGGAUCAAGGAAAAUGAUUGGACUGAAACUGAAUUCAUCACAAAGUGUGUAAAUGAGAUUAACUAUGCCGAGAUAACUCUGAGCAGGUUGGGAGCUUUUGCAGUGAGCUGUAUUCCCAAAACAGAACAAUUUCAGUUGACCUCCAGUGGUUGUCUCUAUUAUUCACGUCUCUCCCGCUAUAUCAGUGUACGCUGUCCUAGGACGAGUAUUGAUGGAACAUUAAACUGUAUAUUAAAGAUGACACCCUUAACAGAAGAAAUACUCACCUACUGCCAACAGAACUAUUCAUUACGAUGUGAAGACAUAUUGGGAUGUUCAGAAAUCAUAGACAUAUCAUGUGAUCAAAAGCAUUUUUUCCGGCGGCCUGUUACUCUUAAGUUGCCCUUGCCCAAUGCCGAGGCUAGACCAAAUAACAGGCACCUGGAUGAAAUCGGAGUACUAAUGAAGAAAUCGAGAGACAGUGAAUGGAUUCUUAUGGAAAAUGAGUACAAGUUCACUAAAAACACUGUAUCUUUUGAAGUGCAAUAUUUAGCAAAGUAUUGCGUGGCUCAGGCAGCUCCUGGUCGAAAACGAAGGUUAAAAGAUGGCAUGCGUGUGAUAGAGGAGAAAAUUGAUAUAGCAAUCGGAACAAUUGCUUUGUUUGUUCGUUUUGAAGAAAUGCAGUGGUGUGUUGUGGUUUCGUGUCAUUCUCUGAAGAAUUCAAAAAAAAUUGAGAACAAAUGGAAAGAAUAUAACUUUAUUCAGAUUCAGCCAGAAAAGACGAGCCAGUCCCAUUCCUCUGGCAAACCAUUAACUUACUUCCGGUUUAACGGACCUGAGCUGAAGAACAAUCAGACAUGGGUGAUAUCAGUCAGUGGCCAGAUGAAAGUUUCAGACAAUGAUGAGGAUGACAUCCAAUUGACCUACAAUUAUGGUCUCAAUGAGAACAACAAAAUAUUUUUCAUACAACCACUUGGUAAGGAAGUAAACCAACUGGCAGGACAGAUAAAAGUUUUACCCCAAGACAUAUAUGAUGAAGAACUGAGGAUUAGACUGACUGGAUUGUUUACUGUUGAGGUGUCAGUUAAUGUUGUUGAGGCUUACUUGAAGAAGGCAGUGGCUAUUGAAGACAUGGAACAAGAGAAGUUGAAGGAAGCUGAAACUACAAUUGUUGUUACAGUACCUGUCCAGCCUGUCACUAUUGUGAAACCCAAACUUACAUCCAAAGGCAGCCAUCUGUUCGAGCUUUUUUCACGUUCAGUACAGCCAUCAAAAUUAGUUGAUCGGCCAUCUAGUGUCUUGUCAGGUCGAAGUUUAAUGAAUCUAGCUUGCGUUAUACCUGACGCAAUAGCAUUGGCAACUCACUUAGGACUUUCAGAUAGCAGUAUAAGUGGAAUUGGUUUUGAUGCUCUAGCUGGUCGCCUAACUACAAGAGAUGUCAACUACAAGAUUCUGCUUUACUGGAAAAGGAACCAUCCAGGGAAAGCUGAAGAGGCUGUGAAUGAAUUAGUACAGGGAAUAAAUGAGCUUGGUUUCAAUGAUCUUGCCUCAUUGAUUCUCAACCGACAUAAUGAAAACAGAGGACUCACCCUGGACUGUCUGACUAAUUUUAAUUAAUCAUUCUUACAGUCAUGUUUGCUUUCUUCCACUUAACAUCUUCAUCUACUUUUUCUUUUUCUCACUCAUCCUUUCUUUCAAUUCACCAUUUUUUUUAUAAGACAUUUGUUCAUUUCCAUUUUUGAGAUACCCAAUAUAAUAAUUAACAGUGUUAAAGAUUUACAACUUAUAAAUCAGAGACAAACAAUACACAAUGUAAUAAUGCUUGGUAAACUCUCAGAGCCAAAAACGUUUGUUGUUUACAAUUCUACCACUGCCACAGUUUCUGCUUCAUCAUCAUCAUCAUAAUCAUUGACAGUGGCAGUCACAGUAUUUAUCAACAUCUGUUACAAAUGAUAGUAGUGCCUACCAGAGAUGAGCGAGGGCUAUUAAAUGCAGGCAUCAUGUACCCAAAAUAACCGACAAUCAUCAUUGACUUGAAACUUUAGCCAUGUAUUCUACAGUUCAAAAACAUCAGCAAUAAAGACAUUUUUAUAACAAUA